AUGGGUUGCUUUAGGUUGCGCUUGUAUUGGGUUUUGCAUUUUACGUUGAAUUGGGCUUGCAUUGGGGUCGACCUUGCAUUUAGUCUUUAUGGGGUUGCAGUAGACUUAAGUCCAUGGUUAGAUAGAGUUAUAGAAAUGGAUAGCAUUGCAAUUGUAAUCCAACACAGUGGGCAAUGGGAUGAAAACAGAAGAAACUACAUCAACUUUGAAGUUUGUGGUUUACUCAUUCCAAAUAGUUGCACCUACAACAACUUGGUUGGAAUAAUAUGUGAACAGUUGAAGUUGCAACCAGAAUCAACAGUUUUAAAAAUCGAGUAUCAAGUUAGAGAAGGAUACCCUACUUUCAAAAUUGUUGAUGAUUCGCAAUUGAUGUUCUACAUGGACUUGAAGAAAAAGGAAACAGAUUUAACAAAAUAUCCAUUGUGCCUCACAACUAAGAUCAAUUCAAUUAGGCAAUCAUUCUUCUCAAAUAGGAGUACAACAACACAUAAUCAACUGUAUGAUGAAGUUGCACAAGCAGAAGGAGAGGCAUCAAAUUCAGAUGAUGAACUAGUUCUUGAUUGUGGUGCCAAAGAAGUUGUAGGCUUUAUUGAUUAUGCAAACUCGGUCUCCAACCAAAUUAUAGAAAUGCUAGACAAAAGAAAUGAUGAAGAAGAAGUGAUUGACAUUGAUGAAGAAUUGGUAAUCAACAACAAGCACCACCAAGAGAUUUCUUUGUCUCAAAUCUACAAAGACAAAGAUACUUUGAAGACAGUAUUGAGCCACUAUGCAAUCAGCAAUCAUUUCCAAUAUUGUGUGCAAAAGUCUUGCAAAAAGGAGUAUGUUGUUGCUUGCCUUGACAAAAAUUGCAAGUGGAUGUUACGAGCUUCAAGGAAUGGAAACACAAAUCAAUUCAUAAUUAGAAGGUUCAGCCACAUUCACACAUGUGCAUUGGAAAUAAGAUUAAAAAACCAACGUCGGGCAACCUCGACAAUCAUUGCAGAUAUGAUCAAGCACAAGUUCACAGACAUCAAAACAAAGUACACAGCUGCAGAUAUUGUUAGGGACUUGAAACAUGAUCAUGAAGUGCAAGUCAAAUACAGCAAAGCUUGGAGGUCUAGAGAAAAAGCUAUUGAAAAAGUGAGAGGAAAAGUAGCUGAAUCUUAUGCAGAAUUGCCUAGUUAUUUGUAUAUGUUGCGUCACACAAAUAUAGGAUCAUAUAUUGAACUAAAAACAGAUGAAGAUGGCAAGUUUUUAUAUGCUUUUGUAGCAUUGAAUGCUUCAAUUAAAGGCUGGAACUAUUGCGUACCUGUUGUAAUAGUUGAUGGGACUUUUUUAAAAUCAGCAUAUGGAUGGACAUUACUGGUUGCAACCACUCAAGAUGCAGAAGGUAGAAUAUUCCCCCUAGCAUUUUGUGUAGUUGAUUCAAAGAAUGAUGAUUCUUGGAAGUGGUUCUUUGAGAAUUUCAAGAAAGCUUAUGGUGUAAGAGAAUGCAUGAGCAUUGUCUCUGAUCGACAUGAAAGCAUCAUAAAAGCAACCAACACAGUGUACCCAGAAGUACCACAUGGGGCUUGCACCUUCCAUCUGCUAAAAAACAUGAAAAGCAAGUUCAAGAAGAACUCAAAAAAGUUCAAGGAUACAUUUUUCGCAGCUGCAAAUGCAUACACUGUCAAAAAGUUUGAGUGCCACAUGAGAGAACUUGAUAGGAUUGACAACAGGCUACAACCUUACCUACAAAAUAUUGGCUACAACAGAUGGGCAAGAGUUCACUCACCACACAAUAGAUACUCAAACAUGACAUCGAACAUUGCAGAAUCCUUGAAUUCUGCAAUCAUAGCAGUAAGAGAGCUACCAAUUUGUACAAUGCUAGAGUGUUUACGAGGUUUGGUUCAACAAUGGAGUUGGACUAACAGGAAGAUAGCAAAUGCAACCUCCACCAAGUUGACUGAGAAGCAUGAAGGGAUCUUGAAUGACAACUACAUCUACUCAUUGAAGUUGACGGUGCACCCAACAAAUCAUGUUUUGUACGAAGUUCGUGAUGAUGUCAAGAAAUCAAUAGUUGAUCUCAACUCAAGAACUUGCACAUGCAACAGGUUUCAGAUGGAUCAACUUCCUUGUGCCCAUGCAAUUGCUAUUCUUAAAGAAAUGAAUCAAGACCCAUAUCAAUACUGUUCUCCAUAUUAUAGCAAGGAAGCCAUGGUUGCAACCUAUCAAGAAAUUGUAUACCCAAUUGGCAAUGAAGACACUUGGGAAAUACCUGAACAUAUCAAAGUUGUGGAAGUACACGCUCCAGAAGGAAGAAUAAGGGUUGCAUUUUGUUAUAUUGGGUAUGUGUUUGAUGUUGAAGGGAGUUACAAUGACUUUGUAAUUGAGGUUGCAAUAGGAUGCAGUGGGUUUGCAUUUAAGAUAGCGAAAUUGGCUGCAUUAGGUUCAAAUAGGCUUGCAUUUGAGGUUGAAUUUAAGAUGCAAAAUUGGAGCAAUGUAUGA